AGAAAUGACGGACAAAAAAGAAAAUACUUUGGGUGGUUGCUUGCAAGAAACUGCUGAAAUAACCAAUAUGAUGACAUCGGUGAAAUUCCCACGAGAAGAGCCAACGUUUUCCAAUAUGCCAAUUGAAAUUCUGACUGAAGUAGUGAACAAGUUGGAACCAAUAAACCGACUUGUACUUCAAAAAGUUUCAAGAAAGCUACGAGAAUUCGUAAACAACAUGAAUCCUGGUAUAGCAUUUCUUCGAAUCGAUUUCACUGCCGAUUGGGCUCGUUUAAUGGUAGACAAAUAUGAAAUUAUAUGCUCAAAAACGGGAAAGUCCUGUCAGCUGAAGCUUCUCGAUGAAGAAAAACACGAACUUCGGAAAAAGACAAUUGAAAAAUAUUAUUAUUCGGAUAUAAUUCUUAAUGACUGGAGAGCAAUAAUUACAAAACCAAAACUUCGUCUAAACGAACUCUACAUAUGCUUGCUGUCUGGAGGUCGGACUCGUUUAAAUUCGUUGCAAGAUAUCGAAAACAUACUGCAGACAAUGAAGCCUCUUCCCGUAAAACAUAUUCAUCUACUUGGAUAUCUUUUCUCCGAACUUCCAGUAGUUUUUCAACAUUUUCAACCUGGAGUUCUUGAAAAUAUUCGACUGCAUUCGUAUCAGGUGACAGAUGAUUUGACCGACCUCGUGACGACAUCGGAGCAGUGGAAUAAAGCAAAAUCUCUUGAAAUUACUGGAUACUGUACUUUGCCAAAAGAGAUGGAAAAUUUAUUUCAUUUUGAACACUUCCAACUGUUGCUAACGCAAUUUUCGAAAACGGACGCCAGCAAUGUCAAAAAAGCCCUCAGGAAACCAUCUAAAUUUGUAUCAGGAACUUUCGAAAUUUUCAUUUACAAUCCUGCAGAAGUCGCGAGUGUUUUUGAUCCUCAAUAUACUGGUGGCAUUAAUGGUUCCAUUGACUACAAUGUUCUCGAAGCGAACUCUAUGUUCAGACUGAUUUUUUCGCAGAAACGCAUGAUAAUUGAAAAGAUGAGCUAAUUUUUGACAAACUGUUUGUUCUCGGAAAUAAAGUUUUAUUCUUG